CGGGUGGGGCUUCUCAGAACUUCCUGGCAGGCCCACUGGCCCUCCCCAAGGCCCGCCCCCUACCCUUGCAACCCUGCUCCAGCGCUCUGGCCCUGCAUACACACCUCUCACUACCAUGGAGUUCGACCUAUCGGCAGCCGUGGAGUCCACCUCCAAGAAGCCCCAAGGGGCAGGCAAGGUGGGAGACCCCAAGCACAGCGCCCCCAAAGUUCAGGGCGGGUCAGCUGAUAACCUAAAGCAUCACCACGGCCAUGGCCACGGCCAAGGGAGCGCCUCAGAUUCCAGCAGCAGCUCCAGCGAUUCGGAAAAUGAGGCGAAGCCCGGCUCGGAGCCGCACAAGAGCGCCUCAGGCAAGGUCAAGAAGCCCAAGGUGAAAAAGGAGAAGAAGAAGAAGGAGGAAGGGAAGAAGAAGGCUUCCCACUGAUGGGUCUGGGCGGGGCUCAUUAAACCUUUGCUCGGCCUCCUG